AGCAUCACCAUCUUUCAAUACGAUAAGUUUAGAAAAAGUUAGAUAUGAACACGAAUAAUCACCUCACACAGCAGCAGCCGCCGCCGCUCAACAGUACCAGUACACCACCCAAAAUCCUCAGUGGCCACCAUUUCACGUCACAACUCCCACUCACAAUUCUCUUUCACUAUCCAUGAAAUCUACGAGCAUGAUCAACCCUAUCUUUCUACUUCUCCUCCUUUCAUCUCUCACUGUUUGCAGCGCCAGAGGCAAAAAUAAAAAUCCUUUCACCCCAGAGGCUUUCUUAAUCCGUUACUGGGACAACAAAAUCACCAACAACUCACCAAAGCCGCAUUUUCUUCUCUCUAAGGCCUCUCCACUCACCGCCGUGGAAACCGCCACCUUCGCCAAACUUGCCGCCGACAACACCCUCUCCGCGCACCUCCCACAUUUCUGCUCCGCCGCGCGCUUGCUCUGUUAUUCCAAACCUCUCCCUUUCUCUUCCGAACGCACCAGCAGAGACGCCAAAUUUGCUGUCUACAACAACAGAAACUUCUCCGACUAUGGUACGAGUCAAAUCGGUGGACUCCACUCGUUCAAGAACUACUCCGACAACCAGCGUGAAAACGUCCCCCAAAACGACUUCCGCCAAUACAGCAAAGCCUCGACAAACCACAGCGAAGAUUUCAUAUCCUACGGUUCCUUCGGCAACGCCAUCAAGGACACAUUCCACAGCUACGGCAGCGGCGCCAUCACCGGCACCUCCAGUUACAAAAACUACGCUGAACCAGUCAACGGCUCCGACGACCUAGAGUUUGCCUCCUACUCCGACGACGCCAGAAAAAGAACCCAAUCCUUCGUUGGAUACACCGAGAAUGGUAACGGCGGCGAACAAUCGUUCGCCGGUUACGGAAAACGCGGCAACGAGACGGAAAACUCGUUCCAAAACUACGGCACGAGCUCCAACCCUACGCUAACCGGAUUCACGAGCUACGGUGAAGACGGCGUUAGAGCGAACGACACAUUUAAGAACUACGCUAACCACGGGAACAAUCCAACGAACACGUUCGAGAACUACGGUGACGGUGGUGACAGCGCCGUUGAUAGGUUCGAUACUUACAGGGUUGAAUCCAACGGCGGGAGUGACUAUUUUCAGAAUUAUGGAAAAGGAUCUAAUGGUGCUGACGUGGAUUUCACGGGGUAUGAUAAAUCGGAUAAUAGUAAUUCGGAUAAGUUCAUUGGGUAUGGAAAGGGUGGUGAGAAACAAAGGUUUGGGUUCUCUGGGUAUCGCGUCAACUCCUCUUUCGCUGAGUAUGCCAAACAGGGCGUUAAAACAUUUACGAAUUACAAAAACGAGAGUUUCAGUGGCAUAAUGGUAAAAAAGUGGGUUGAGGAGGGUAAGUUUUUUCGGGAGUUUAUGCUCAAAGAAGGAACCGUGAUGGCUAUGCCGGAUAUUAGAGAUAAAAUGCCUGAAAGGUCGUUUUUGCCCCGGGUAAUUUUGUCUAAGUUACCGUUUACCGUUAACGGGGUGAACCGGGUUUUUGGGGUUGGGGUUGGUUCGAGUUUGGAGAAGAUUGUGAUGGAUUCCGUAAGCGAGUGUGAGAGAGCACCGAGCCAAGGUGAGACGAAGAGGUGCGUGGGGUCCAUUGAGGAUAUGGUGGACUUCGCCACAGGUGUUUUGGGUUCCAACGUGGUGGUUCGGACCACAGAGAACGUGAAUGGGUCGAAGGGGAAUGUGAUGGUGGGUCGGGUGAAUGGGAUCCAUGGUGGGAGAGUUACUGAAUCAGUUUCUUGUCACCAGAGUUUGUUUCCUUAUUUGCUUUAUUAUUGUCAUUCGGUUCCAAAGGUUCGGGUCUAUGAAGCGGAUUUGUUAGACCCGAAAAGCAAGGCCAAGAUCAACCGCGGUGUUGCCAUCUGUCACUUGGACACGUCAGCUUGGAGCCCAUCUCAUGGUGCUUUCUUGGCCCUCGGGUCGGGUCCGGGGCAAAUUGAGGUGUGUCAUUGGAUCUUUGAGAAUGACAUGACUUGGAGCAUUGGUGAUUAAGUUGUUGGCACCAUUGUCAUUCCCUGUAACGUAACUUGUGUUGCUUUCCACAUUAUGAAAUGAAAUAAGGUAGGGCAGCUUGGAAUUGGGCUGCUAAGGCCGAUAAGUUCUUUUGCCAUGCAAUUGGU